GCAAAAGCAAAAAAGCUACGCUAACAAACGCAGACGGUUUCCCGCAAUGUCUGAGAAAACCUCAACACGCAUGGUUGUCGUCCCAGAAGGAAGCCUCUUCUAAAGAUGAUGCACUAGAAGGCCCGCAAACUGUUAGCUGAAAACAAGCAAACUAUGGAUUACUGGAACCAUGUCCUGUGGUCUGAUGAGACCAAGAUAAGCUUAUGUGGUUCAGAUGGUGUCAAGCGUGUGUAGCGGCAACCUGGUUAGGAGUACAAAGACAAGUGUGUCUACCAACAGCCAAGCAUGGUCUGGGGCUGUAUGAGUGCUGCCGGCACUGGGGAGCUACAGUUCAUUGAGGGAACCAUGAAUCCCAACAUGUACUGUGACAUACUGAAGCAGAGCAUGAUCCCCUCCCUUCAGAGACUGGGCCACAGGGCAGUAUUCCAACAUGAACAUGAUAACGACUCCAAAAGAAGUUGAAGGUCAAGGUGAUGGACUGGCCAAGUAUGUCUCCACACCUAAACCCUUUUGAGCAUCUGUGGGACAUCCUUAAAUGGAAGGUGGAUGAGCGCAAGGUCUCUAACAUCCACCAGCUCUGUGAUGUCGUCAUGGAGGAGCGGAAGAGGACUCCUGUGGGAACCUGUGAAGCUCUGAUGAACUCCAUGCCCAAGAAGUUUAAGGCAGAGCUGGAAAAUAAUGGAGGCCACGCAAAAUAUUGACACCAUGGGUCCAAUAUGGACAUUUUCACUCAGGGGUGUACUCACUUUUGUUACCAGCGGUUUAGACAAUAAUGGCUGUGUGUUGAGUUUCACUCUGGGUAUACAAAUGGUUAUAAAUCCAACAAAUCCCUUGCUCCUUCUACACUUUAAUAUAUACAAGAAAAUUACUACUUACUGGUAAAUUGCUGCUAAAACUGGUAAAGGGAAUAUACAAAAGAAAAAACACUGCUCAUAAAUACAUAUAGGCCUAGGCGGGCUAAUGAGAAUAAUUAGGAUAAAUUAUCAUAUGGGAUUAUAUUAUAAAUUCCAUAGUAGAAAUAAAAAUGUUGAAGUGUACUAGUUCUUCAAUACAACUGAUACUGUGAGCUUCAGUGUACUCAGUAGGGCAGAAGGUACAUGACAAUAAAAUAAUGCAUCACUGAAAUAAAGGAAAUUUACUUUUAAUACUUGAGUAGAUCUUUUAAAAUCACUUACUUCUGUACUUUAACUGAAAUAAGAAUUUGUCUUUACAACUUUUACUUGUAGUGGAGUAAUAUUUGACCAGUCGUAUGUAUACCCAGUGGUUUAAUGGCUAGAUGACUGGGUUUGGUAGAUGGAUUGCUAUGGUGGAUGAAUAUAUGUCUGCAUGGAUGACGAAGUGUCAGGAAGGAGUGAAUGGAUUGAUGAAUGAAUGUGUUGGAUGUAUGUGGCAAAUGACUUUGAUUUGAAUAGGGGCAGAUAUUCAUACUUUAUUUGUCAGUUUCUUUUUAUGUUCAACAUUCUUUUGGUAUUUGUUGUCUUAUGUUGAGCUCUAUGUGUUAUUAUACUGUGCACAAGUGUUAAUUAAGUGGUUAGGUAACAAGUCUUUUUUUCCCCAUUGUGUGAGAUCUACAUCACCGCGGUCAAUUUAUUUAGCCUUAUUCUGAGUGGGCGUGUAUAACGAUCACUACGGUCAUUUUAGGUCAACACUAUCACAGUGUUUACGGUAAUAUCAGCAUCAACACAGAGAAGCUCCGCUAGAAACGCGGACUUUUUCCCCGUUUGAGGUCUGUUCCACCAUACCCGAUGUUCAGUGAAGCCAUGAAUGAAGUUGAGGAGAAACAUCAGUGUCCGAAACCUCAGCAUCCUGUAACGCUAGAAAUGUCUUCUAGUAGUUUGCAGAAAAAUAAGAUUUCCUCUCCAAAAAGGAAGCAAAGAACAACAGCAGACGAGCCGUUCACCUGCUCUCACUGUGGAAAAUGUUUCAUACGGAAAAGUCAUCUUCAAAGACACAUGAGAAUUUACAAUGAAGAGCGACCAUACGCAUGUCCUCAGUGUGGAAAGAGCUUUAAACAGAGAUCAACGCUUAAGGGGCACAUGAAAAUUCACACUGAAGAGCGUCCAUACACGUGUCCUCAGUGUGAAAAGAGAUUCAAACAUAAAUUAACGCUAAAGGGCCACAUGAGAAUUCACACUGGAGAACGUCCAUAUGCAUGUACUCAGUGUGGUAAGAGUUUCAAAAAAAAUUCAACGCUUAAGGAUCACAUGAGAAUUCACACUGGAGAACGUCCAUACACAUGUCCUCAGUGUGAAAAGAGCUUCAACCACAAAUCAUCGCUUAAGGAGCACAUGAGAAUUCACACUGGAGAGCGACCAUUCACAUGUCCUCAGUGUGAAAAGAGUUUCAACCGCAAGUCAAAUCUUGAGGAGCACAUUAAAAUUCACGGUGAAGAGCGCCCAUACACAUGUCCUCAGUGUGGAAAGAGUUUUAAACAGAGAUCAAAUCUUGAGGUGCACAUUAAAAUUCACACCGAAGUACGAACAUACGCAUGUGCUCAAUGUGAAAAGAGUUUCAGACAGAAAUCAGCGCUUGAGAAGCACAUCAGAAUUCACACAGGAGAGCAACCAUACACGUGUCAUCAGUGUGGAAAGAGAUUCAACCACAAAUCAACGCUUGAUGAGCAUGUGAGAAGUCACACUGGAGAGCGCCGAUACACAUGUACUCAGUGUGGAAGGAAGAGUUUCAAACUGAAAUCAGAUUUUGAGGUGCACAUGAGAAUUCACACUGAAGAGCGUCCAUGAACAUGUGUUAGGUGUGGAAAGUGUUUUCAGCAUAAAUUAUAGAUUUGCUGUUAAUUUAUUCAUCAAGAUGUUUUUUGCUGUGACCCGUGAGAUUGAGACCUGAAAAAAUGUGUACAAUUACAAAGACAGAAAAGAGGUUAUUGUUUUAAAUUAAAUUCACAAUAAUGUCUCUAAAAAGCUUUGUCCAGACUUUGUAUUUAUAUUUGUUUGAUAAUAUAUUUGAGAUGGGAGUCUGAUGAUACAGUUAUCCACGAGACAAGAUUUUUAGACUUCAGUGAAGAAAUAUGUAGGAUUUUUUUAUUUUAUUCACCUUAACACAACACAAUGCAAAAAUGUAUUCAUUAUUAAAGCACCUUGUACGUUACGAA